AUGUCCCAGCCAGCUACUGAAGAAAUUCGUGCCGCAUCCUAUGUCGGCUUUGACUCGAUCACGUCCCAGAUUGAGAAAAAGCUCCUCAAGCGCGGUUUCCAGUUUAACGUGAUUCUCGUUGGCCAGACCGGUCUCGGAAAGUCGACACUCAUCAACACCAUCUUUGCUUCACAUCUUGUUGAUUCAAAGGGCCGUCUUGAGGCGGAUGAGCCCGUCAGACAGACGACGGACAUUCAUCCCGUCUCCCACGUCAUCUCCGAAAAUGGCGUCCGUCUCCGUCUCAACAUUGUUGACACACCAGGCUACGGUGACCAAAUCAACAAUGAGAACUGCUGGGACCCAAUUGUCAAGUACAUCAAGGCGAGCAACCUUGACCAACACUCUGCGUAUCUCCGCAAGGAAUUGACCGCGAUGCGUGACAAGUACAUUGUCGAUACUCGCAUCCACUGCUGCCUCUUCUUCAUCAACCCGACCGGCCACUCACUCCGCCCCAUCGAUAUCAUCGUGAUGAAGAAGCUUUCCGAAGUCGUCAAUGUUGUCCCUGUCAUUGCUAAGAGCGACUCGUUGACCAUUGAGGAACGAGACAAUUUCAAGAACAAGAUCCGUGCAGAGUUGGUCUACCACAACAUUCGUCUUUAUCCCUUUGACACCGAGGAGUUUGACGAAGACGAACUCAAGCACAACGAGGUCAUUCGCUCCAUGAUUCCAUUUGCAAUCGUUGGCUCGGAGCGCAACGUGAUCAUUGAUGGCAAGCCCGUUCGCGGUCGUAAGAACCGCUGGGGUGUUGUCAAUGUCGAGGACGAGCGUCACUGCGAGUUUGUGUACCUCCGCGACUUUUUGCUGAGGACCCACUUGCAAGACCUCAUCGAGACGACGGCCCAGAUUCACUACGAGGCUUUCCGAUCGAAGCAGCUCCUUGCCCUCAAGGAGGCCUCAUCUGCGGGCCGACCUGCCCAGAACCCACAAUAA